AUGAAAAAUCUCAGACCAGUCAUAUUACUCAACACCAUCAGAAAAUGCAUGUCACUGAUUGUGCUAGAAAGAAUCCGCCACAAAAUUGACAGCUACCUACCAACAAGUAAAAGUGGAUUCCGACCUGGACGCAGCACAAGCGACGUAGUUAUGACUUAUAAAUGGAUGAUUGCCAAAGCAUCAAGAUACAAUCUUGAAUUCCACAUCACUGGGAUUGAUAUGAGUGCAUUCGAUACCAUUAACAGGGACACACUUUUACAAGUACUGAAUGGGAUUAUUAAUGAAGACGAACUUCGGAUAAUAAGAUUUUUGCUAAGCCAAACAGGGCUCAACUUAAACUUACGAAGGACUUUAGACAACGUAUAUUUUGACACGAAUACUGGAGUACCACAAGGGGACAGUCUUAGCCCAGUGCUCUUCACGGUGUACCUUGAACAUGCCUUAAGGGGAAUUAGGGGGAGAAGUAAUGAUCAUAUUCCAAAUGAGAUCUCGUAUGCGGAUGAUGUCGAUUUCAUCAGGCUAAACGAGAAGGCUAAUGUAGACCUUAUUGGAACUCACCUAAUUUCGUUUAAUCUCAAAGUAAACAAAGAUAAAACAGAAUACACAGUAAUUAAACGAGAAGAACUGGUCAAAGAGAACUGGAGACUAACAAAAAAGUUAGGGUCCCUUCUUGGAGACAAAGAAGAUAUCACCAGAAGGAAACAACUUGCUGUGAACGCAAUGAACAAAAAGACAGCACUCUGGAACAGAAAAGAAAAAAAUAGAUUAAAAACAAGACCGAGGUUGUACAACUCACUAGUGAAACCGGUGCUUUUAUACAAUAGUAAUACAUGGGCCUUAACAAAAGAUGAUGAACUAAAGCUAAACACUUUCCAUCGUAAGCAACUCCGAAAGAUUAUUGGACUGAAAUAUCCACAUAGAAUAUCAAAUAAACACCUUUAUGAUAGAUGUACGGCGAGACCCUUGUCACUAUAUAAUAAUAAUAAUAACAACUUUAUUUUAUAA